AUGAAAAGGAUCUUCCAUAAACUAAGAGAGAAAAUUACGUUAAACGAAUUACCGCCACCAUAUAGUGAACGAGUGAACAGUUUUGAGGAUAAUGAACAUCAAGGACUAAAUAACACGACUAACACUCCAGUAUGCGAGGUUUUAGAUUUGCUAGCGGAUUGCAAAUUAUCAUCAUCUCCAAUAGAUGACAAUCCCGACACGAGUGUAGAGUACGCAGAAAUUAAAGAAAUGGGUCUCUGGCACUCGACACCCUUGGCGCAACGCCAUAAAUCUAAAAUAUCCCUCACAUGGGUGUUGAAAGAAAAUUUGGAAAAUUCAAAAAUGACCACCGGGAAGAUACAAACGGAGGAAAGAUUAAAAACUGCACUAAUUGGAAACGAGUUGGACAAAAAUCACAAUCAGAGGCGGAAUGAAAACGAACUUUAUAGAAAGUGUAAGUCUAAGGACGUGAGAGACAGGGUUGUAGGCCGGAACGAAUAUUAUCAUAAUCUUAGGUUUAGAACCGCGUGCGAGGAAUUCGCCAACGUGCAAGAUACUUAUUCUGACACAAGCGCUAUCACUGAAGAGUAUGUUAGGAAAAAACAUCGGCAUCGCCACCGGAGAAAGAAGAGGACUCCAAACGGGAAAUUUGGAUACGACAUCAGAGAUUUGGACAGCUUUCUUACAGAGGCGUCAAUAGAUCGUCCGGGCAACAUACCAGUAGUCAUAGCUUACCCAAGCACACUGUACCAGACCCAGAAAGAAACUCAACAAGAGCUGACGUUGCCUCUAGGAACCGUCGUGAAUGCUGUGUUCAAAAAUGAACAUUGGUUGUAUGCGCAGACGCCGCAUGGAGAGGAAGGAUACGUGCUGUAUACCGCAUGUUUGCCGCUAGGAAUUUUGCCGAAUAGGACAUCGGCACAAAAGAAAACUCCAUGCUGGGAAAGCAGCACCGACAUCUACCCCCGUCCAUGCGGCAACUUAACCGACAACGAAAAGGAACAACUGCGCGGGCGCACGCGUUCCGAGUGCCGCUACCAAUACAAAAGGCGACCAAAAAACUCUUGCGCAGAAAAGAACUUUGACAGCCUUUAUUUAAAAACUAAAUCUGUUUCUUCUAUUGACAAAGUUGAUAAGGAAAAGAGUUUUAAACGAGUGAGACAGACUCUGCUGGUUGUGAACUGUGAUUACAAAGGUAGUGUUUUGAACAAGACCCUGACAGUGCAAAAAGGUGAUGUGGUAGUUUUAAUUCAAGGUGGGGCGAGUGAAACUGAUGUUGAUGCAGAAUGGUUCUACGUGAAGAAGCGCGAUGGGAGUCACGGUUUCAUACCAGCGGCCGUGGCAGGACAUGGUUAUAUAUAA